AUGGCUGAAGUCGAAAAGAAAACGUACCCCGACUCCACGCACAAGUGGCCUACUCCGUUGGUCAACUUGGCCAAUGCCAGCGCAUACCCUAAAUGGGAACCUGUUGACACCAAGAAGAAGACGCUUCAAGUUUUCAAAUUUUCAUUCUACUCUACCGUUGGUGCCUACGCCUGGUUGUACCUAUGGAAAAGAACCACCUUCAAAAUUGGAUUGCCCUUGUCUGUUGCUGGGUUUGCAACCGUUGCUGUUGGUGUGAGAGGCUCGCUCGCCAACUUGAGAGAGAAAAACGAUGGAUGGAACACCUUUUGGGCUGUUGCUGCAGGUAACUUGGCGUGCUUGACUAUCGGAUUCAAGAACAUGCCUCCAAAGCACAAGGUUUUGGCUGGUAUUUCCGGAGCUGCCAUCACAGCUUUUAUCGAUCAUGCUUUCUGGGCGCAAUCUCCCAGCUUUGCUGGUAGAGACAUUAGAUUUGCCGAGGCAAACACCGGAGAUGAGUUACCACAACAACAGUUCUGGGACGUCUGGAAGAGAAGACCUUUGUCGCAAACAGUGGAGGCUUUGGGCGAAGGUAGAGGUAUCUUCAAGCAGUAG